AUGGAUGAAACGCCCUAUUCUUCAAAUGGAUGCCUAAAAGGGCUUUCAUCCAUAACAGAGGCCAAGUCAAUUCCAGGUUUGAAGGCUUUUAAGGACAGGAUAAUGGUCUUGCUUGGGGGCAAUGCUGCAGGCUACAAACUGAAACCGUUUGAGAUUUGGCACAGUGAGAACCCCAGGGCCUUCGAGUACAUCAUCAACUCUUUUGAGUCUGAUGCUCCAAUAAAGAACCCCAUUCAGCCAAGUUGUGAAAGCAAAGAGAAGUGUGACUCCAGUGACCAUACCAAUGACGAGAAAGUGAACCACCUUAUUGCUGAUACGGAGAAAGUUUCAGUGGUCCGGAUAGAAGAUCAAACCAGCCACAACGUUCCUUCAAGACAAAGCUUAAUCCAGAGCAAGGUUGUAACUCUCUCCAAUUCUGUGAAGGCUGAGAGAGGUGAGGACGCUGCAGAAGGAAAGUUUGAAGAGAGCAGAGGUUGGUUCGUGAAGUUUAAGGAAAGUCAUUUCAGUAACGUGAAAGUAAAAGAAGCAGCAGGUGCUGAGAUAGAAGCUGCAGCACCUUAUCCUGAAGAUCUAGCUGAGAUAAUUAAUGAAGGUGGCGACACUAAACAACAGAUUUUCAAGGCAGACAAAACAGCCUUAUAUUGGAAGAAGGUGCCAUCUAGGACUUUCGUAGCUUGA